UGCACAACUUAUCACCUGACCAAACUGUCUGCUAUUUAUCAGCUGUGGAGUUGCUGGGUCAUUGUUUAGUGAUCAUUAACGUUAGGUGAAAUUCACAAAAGCUUUUUGUACUGUUAUCACUUACCACCACAGUAAAAUGAAGUUUUUGUAUUUAUUCUUGUUUGCCGCCUUAACUUGGACCUCCGACGCUCUCGUCCGGAUACCUCUGAAGAAGUUCCGCACCAUCAGGCGGACCCUGUCAGACUCUGGGAAGUGGACGGAGGAGCUGCUGGCCGGCCAGGAUGAGCUCAAGUACAACCUGGGCUUCCCCUCCAGCAACGGGCCCACUCCAGAGACCCUGAAGAACUAUCUUGAUGCCCAGUACUACGGAGAGAUCAGCCUGGGCACUCCGCCCCAGCUCUUCACCGUGGUGUUCGACACGGGAUCGUCCAACCUGUGGGUUCCGUCUAUCCACUGCUCCCUCAUGGACAUCGCCUGCUUGCUUCACCACAAAUACAACUCUGCCAAGUCCAGCACAUACGUGAAGAACGGGACCGCCUUCGCCAUUCAGUACGGCUCUGGCAGCCUGUCUGGGUACCUCAGCCAGGACACAUGCACGAUCGGGGGCCUCGCCGUGGAGAAGCAGGUGUUCGGGGAGGCCAUCAAGCAGCCGGGCGUGGCCUUCAUCGCCGCCAAAUUCGACGGGAUCCUGGGCAUGGCCUACCCCCGCAUCUCCGUGGACGGAGUCACGCCCGUCUUCGACAACAUGAUGAGCCAGAAGAAGGUGGAGAAGAACGUCUUCUCCUUCUACCUGAACAGGAACCCACAGACCCAGCCCGGUGGGGAGCUGCUGCUGGGUGGAACCGACCCUCAGUUCUACACCGGGAACUUCGACUACCUCAACGUCACCCGCAAGGCCUACUGGCAGAUCCACAUGGACGGGAUGGGCAUCAAGAAUUCGCUGUCGCUGUGCAAGGACGGCUGCGAGGCCAUCGUGGACACCGGCACCUCCCUGAUCACCGGGCCGUCGGCCGAGGUCAAGGCCCUGCAGAAGGCCAUCGGAGCGAUCCCCCUCAUCCAAGGAGAGUACAUGGUUGACUGUAAGAAGGUCCCCACCCUGCCCACCAUAACCUUCACCCUGGGGGGGAAGCCCUACACUCUGACCGGAGAGCAGUACAUUCUCAAGGAGUCCCAGGCUGGCCAGACCAUCUGCCUCAGCGGGUUCAUGGGCCUGGACAUUCCCGCCCCUGCUGGGCCCCUGUGGAUUCUGGGAGAUGUAUUCAUUGGCCAGUACUACACCGUGUUCGACCGUGAGAACGACAGGGUGGGCUUUGCCAAGUCCAAGUAGGUACAGGUUUGGCGUCACCUUGACAAUCGCCACUCAGGAGGAAGGGUUGGGGGGGGGUGGGGGUGUUGGAAGACUACUAAGGAGUCCGCACGAGUAAGAUUUCCGUUGCUUUUAAGUGAAAACGAAGUAGCAAUGCGUCAGUGUGGAGUUUGAAUGCACUGCUUCAAUAACUACAAUUUUUUUUUUUUUUUUUUUUUUAUAAAGCAAAGUGAUCAAAGUAAAUAAUGUAAGCGAAGGAGGGCUUAAAGAGAACCAGGAGCGCAAACUGGCAGAUUCUUAAUCAAAUUUAUUACUGGUUUUAAGAGACAUUUGUGUGGUUUGUAUUUUUGUGUUUUCUUUUUUCUAUUUUAAACCAACUGCCAGUUCUGUAGCUUUUUUUUUUCUUGGUAAAUGUACCCAAGUCAUUUUAAUAAUGUAUGUUGAAAUAAAUCAGAUGCCACCAAAAUAAAGCUGUUUUACCGAGUCUCAA